CAAUGAUUACGCUAAGCUAUGGCGCUAGCAGUUGUAGCGAUGCUAUAUAACGGCAUGACUAGCUCGCAGUAGUUUUUAUGGAUUAUUUGUGCUGUUGAUCCUUGGAUACAUUUAUUCAGAAUUCUUGGCCGGGAUAUAACACAGUUUUUGUCGGGAGCGUCUGACGAGGAUCUAAUGUGAUAUUUCUCAAUUUUAGGAUUUAAUUGCAAUAUUGAUGGAUAACUAACUUAAAUAGAAAAGAUACAUGCUGCCUGGAUAUCUAACUUAUAAAGAUACGCUUGGGAUUAAAAGUUAACACUGGUGUGACCCGGUGUCCAAAAAUACAUCUUCCUCGCACGUUUUGGCUUUACGACUUAUACGAUGCUUUCCCUAGUAGGUGCUCCGGAGAUCCCCGGGCUGAGUGGCCUGGGUGACUUGACUGGUGGGUUAGUACCCGGGAAGGCCCCCCAGAAAGAAGCAGAAACCAAUGGAGAAGCGCCUGUCAUAUUGCUCAGUCCUGAGGAACAGGAGAAACAGGACGUAGUUAACAAAAUCGAUGAUGCCGUCAAUGAAUCUCUGGAGAGCACCCGACGGAUGCUUGCCCUCGCGGAGGAGGGUCAAGAUAUUGGCUUGAAAACCAUGAACAUGUUAGAUGGCCAGGGAGAACAACUCGACAGGAUCGAGGAGGGUAUGGACCAGAUCAACCAGGACAUGAAAGAUGCCGAGAAGAAUUUAGAGGGUCUAGAGAAGUGCUGUGGUCUCUGUGUAUUACCAUGGAAAAGGAGUAAAAACAUGGAGGGAAGUGCUGAAUACAAAGCUGCAUGGAAGAAGGACGAGGACGGUAAAGUCAAUAAUGCUGGUCCGAGAAUAGUGGUCGGAGGGGAUGCGGGUGGACCAUGUGGGGGUUAUGUUCAGAGGAUAACAAAUGACGCUCGUGAAGACGAGAUGGAGCAGAAUAUCUCUGAAGUCAGCGGCAUGAUCGGCAACUUACGAAACAUGGCAAUCGACAUGGGGAGUGAAAUCGACUCGCAGAAUCGCGCUGUUGAUAGGAUUAACCAGAAGGCGACGUCAAACGAGAUGAGAAUCAACGAAGCCAACAAACGCGCCACCAAGUUGCUCGCCUCUUAAACGGCGCCCAAGGAUGACUCUAGCCGGUGCUGGUUCUCUGGAUGAUCGGGUACAAGCGGCAAACAAGCGUGCAAAUAAGAUCAUACGCCAGCAAUAACGGCUUGAACAUUCAUAAAUUCCACGUUUAGGACAAACUGAAGCUACCGUUGGGAACCUCAUACUUACAGGAUGGAUUCUGUCAUCAAGGAGAUAAUUUUAGUGCCAGUUGUUUUCUCUUCAGUAAUUGAACAAAUUGUGAUGCACACAAGCGACAAAAGUGUGACUACAGUUGUUGCGCCAAUGAGAAAUCAAUAUUCCCUUAUUGCCAAGCAAACACUAAUGGCCUGACUACUUCUACUGUGCCAAAGAAGUCUUAAGUUGCUCGUGUUGUCGCUGUCACGUUUGGUUGCUGGUGUGCACCAAACUUUAAGGGUUAUUUUGGAUGUUAAAAUCAUUGGUGACUGUCACCCAAAUCCUCUUCGAAAGUUUUACAGGGUUUUUCUGCAAAUUUUCUUGUUGGUUCCAAUCGUUUGUGAGGCUUUGGUUAAAAUGGGAAUGGUAAACUCCUAGCCUAGGUUUGUGAUAGUGUGAUACAGGUGUGAUAGACCUGCUUGCCCAUAUGGUUUGUGUUAACCUCGUUUGUUCUUUGCCCUGUUAAAUUUAAUCAAUUGUUUAUAAGCUUGCCAGCAGAUUACUGACAAUAUUGACAACUGGUUUGAUGUGUAAGACAGCAAAGGAAAAAAAGGAACUUUCAUCUUUUUAUACAUGUACUUAACCAUGUUCACAGCCCUUUUCAUGGGAAUUCUUGCUUAAGUGCUUCAGAAGUACUUUUGCGAUAUUGAGUGGCAAAGAAAUUCAUCACAUGACUUUCAUCUCUAACAUAGCCUCCGCCUCGGCUACUUCUGGUGAAGGCAAGUUUUCAAGGAACUAAUCAUCAUGAUCAUGAUCAUCAUUGUCAUUAUUUAGAAACUCAUUCAUUCAAUCACUUGUUCCUUUAACUUGAUGAUAGCAUACUACUGAAAAAUUGAAUGUAUUUUGAGCUCCACAAUGAUGGUCAGUGACCGCAAAUUAUGCCGUUUCUCAGCUGUGAGUAGUCUGCUUGCAAUCCACUGUACAUGUGUACAUCCGCUGUACAUAGAUAUUCUGGACUAACAUCGGUGUUAUGUCUCUGAUCUUUUACUACGCCACGCACCUGUAGUUUGAUAAAAUGACAUAAUACCAUGUUAGGCCUGGAUGGUGUACAGAAAGUUGUCAUCAAAAACUGCUGCAGUCAUGUGUAUGUAUAGCAACAAUUGAAGGGUUUAGAGCGCACGGGACAAAAAGUGCGGUUUAGAAUAAGAUCAGUUGUUGACAAGAGCAGUACACUUCUAAUGCAUGGUUCUAAUGAUAGGUGGCGACCCUGUCUAUCUGUUCUCGUCAGCAACUCCAUUGCACUUGUGCAUUCACCUCUUCAUUUCUUCAAUUCGAUGGUGUUGUUGCCAUAGGUGUUCUAGUUAGCGUUUGAUAUGUCAUCACUUGUAACAUCUCGAUGUGUGCUAACUUUCCCUUGAUUGGAGACCAUGUUAAUAUCAUUUAUGACAACAUUGUAACGGGUAGUGUGUAUAUUCCUUUAAAUAUUAAGGAUGUAUAUCAGUGUUGCGAUAAAGAAUAAUUCAUGAUUUGUGGAAUUUUCCGUCAUCUUUUCCAAUUUAAUGUUUGGAAACUCAAGAACAAUACGAUGGCCCACCUUUGUAGGGAAAUUAUUUUUGUAGAGUAAAUGAAGCCAUUUUAGUUGAUGCCGAACCGAAAUGUGGUUUGAGUUUUACCUAAAUACGGUCAAGAAUAUUUUAAGGUUUGUCACUUAUUAUCAUUUCACAACAUUUUCUGAGGUGUGGGUAGAAGGAAGGUGUACUACAAAUUUCACAUGGCGCGGUGUUGGUACAUCAUGACUUUUGGCUAUUCUUCACUGAAGUAACUAAAUAAUCACAUUUCAUGUGGGCGUGAGCUCAAAUAUUGAGAAGUGAAAAGUCUGUCAUGCAUUUAAUGAUGUACCGGGUAUAUGGAUUUAAACUUGUAAUGUAUCUAAAUUUAAACAUGUACAGAUGUAACAGCCUGGUACCCAGAUUAUAAAAUCUGGUCCCCAGGUUGAUAUAAUUCUUGGCAAUCAAUGUAAACUGCCACUUAAGAAAUAAUAUACGGUCAGAUUUUGUACAUAUUGUGAGGUUUAAUAUAAGUGUCUCUACUUCAUCCAUUGGUAUUGUGUAUAUCUUGUACAUAUUUCAAGGUAAGAUCUCCAUCAGAGGUAAAUGUCCACACCCCCUAGCUGAACUCAUGAGCGCUAACUGCUGGGCCGAUUUUUUCAAAGUUUUGUUCAGCAAAGAGAAGAGUUGAAAAUUGUGUUCGGUCUCAAAUUUUGAUUCAUGAAAAUCUUAACUUUCAAUCAAGUUGACUGACUAAUAGUCCAAAAAGGGAGUGUAUAUUUACUUCUGGAGCUGACUGUAGUUGAUCCCAAAGUACCUUACAACUCUAGAUGUCUGUACCUCUCUCUGUAAUUUCUAUUUUGUAUAUUACCAACGAACUGGUACUUAAGUCAUCAUCCAUGCUUUACUUUUAUUGAGUCUUUUGUGCAAGUCUUGAUUUAUUGAAAUGGUUUUAUCAUUUAGUGUUUUUUUCGGCAAAUGUGGAUGUUUGCCAGUAUUGUCUGUCAGUUCCAAAGGAUUGAUACCUGUGGGAGUCAAAGUCGUCAAAUUCUUGUUUAUAAAGGCAUUUGUUUUGUUUGAGAUUUUGAGAUAGAAUAAUUGCUGUAUUAUAAGGGUUGUGAUGGUUGAAGUUUGUGAAAUUAUUCAAAAAUACUUAUCUCAGAAAUGGCCAUUUGCACUUUGCACAGAUUCGGUGCUCAGACCGACCUAUCAAGCCCAGCCAUUUCUGUUUUGUCCGCAGAGGAGAGAUCUUUUUGUUGUACAUGGAACCGAUAAAUCACAGGUUGCAGUGAUAAAAAUCCCUUGUUCACACGGCGCUUCAAACCAAGUUUUCAUUGCUGGUGAGUGCCAUACAUUAGUCGACCUACAUGGCCAUUUCUGAUUUCAGUAUCUUUGUAUAUUUCAACUAUUGUGUAUAUUUCAGUGCAUUGCAAUGUGAGAUGUGGAUGUAUUGAGUUGUUUCAUUCUUUCAUAUUAUCAGCAUUUGUACAAAGUGGCGCCACAUUUUUAUAAAGUCAAUAGUGGAUGUUUCAGAUGGAUUGAAACCAGCUACGACUGUUCGAGGGAAACUUACUCAGAUUUACACAGUGAUGAAAAUAUAUACAGAGUUAUUUACCCCGGUUUUGGAAAAGGUUAUGCAAUAUUUACCCAAGAGUCAUCAUAAUGACAAAAACUGCAGGUCCUGCAUUGGUCCCCUUUCAGCCAACUUGACAAUCUCUGACUGCAUAUAGGGUUCCUUCUACUAUCCGCUGAGAUCUUACGGAACCCUGAAUCACCGGAGAGAGGCAGCAAAAGUGGCUUAAGACAUGUCUUGGGAAUGGAUGAGCCAUGCAGCUCCAUUCUUGGCAGAUUUCGGGGAAAGUUAUUUUCAUUUCUGGCAGAUUUGCGGGUAAAAGUCAGUUUCUUCUCAAGCAGUCCUAGCUGUUUUCAUCAGGCCUGUACAUGUGCUAUCUAACCCAUUAAGUCGGUUAGUGCCUGAGAGAUAAUAGCGUGUGGCACUUACUGGUAAUCCGAGAUGAAUAUUGCUGUUCAGUUCUAAAUGAUUCAGUUCUAAUGACAAUUCCUGCAAUUUCGACUUUUAUAUGUUUAUGUAAUGAUUAUUCUGUAUUUGGUAACUCCAACAUUUUUGUUCAACAAAUUUUGCAUGAAAUAGAAAAAAAGAUUAGAUUUAUGUUGACUAUGUGGACAUAGCCCUAGGGUUUUCCUGGCGAUAUCAAAGCUGUCUAUUAAAUAUUCUUCAUAGUUUUUGCUUCUGAAUUCGACUUUAACUGGUUGCACUGUCUGGCUCAGGCUUUUUGAGCUGCCGGCAUCAAACUGGUUAGGAUGUCUGGCACUAUCUGGUUGAGCUGUCUAGCUUGAAUUAGUUUGGCUGUCUGGAUCAAAAGUGGCACAGCAGUUUGGCUCAAACUGGUUCAGCUGUCUGGCUCAAACUGGUUCAGCUGUCUGGCUCAAAUCAGUUCAGCUCUCUUGAUCAAACUUGUUGAGUUGACUGGAUCAAAUUGAUCUGUCUGAUCUGUUCUCGGGAAUAUCUGUGUUAUAAUUGAUUUCAAAAGGUAUUUAAUUAGUGCCAUGAUGUCACAUUUGACCAAACGGCCAACAUUCCGACAUGAGGUUGUGUGCUUGUAAGGUUUGCUGCGGGGUUAUCCUUGUGGGUAGAAUAUACAAAUAGGUCUUUAAAAUCUCAAUAUUAUUCAUUGUGCAAGUGUUGUUAUCUUGUAUCCAUGACGAUCAAGGAAGAAUUUAAAGUAUGAUUUACUGGUGUUUACAUAAUGUUUCCCAAAUCAUUUGAUGACGUUUGUAAUUAUUUGUAUGAUUUUAAAUGAGAUCUUAUCAUUCCACUCAUGUUCAUUUUGACUUUUAAUUCUUGAUAUCUAGAUGACACAGCCUGGGUUCCAAGUGUACUCUUAAGGUUCCCGUACAUUCUAUUGCAUGUUUCUACAUUGAGAAUGCUAGGGAUUCAGACCAAAAUCAGGCAUUGAAUUUGAGAUUGAGGACUUGAGUGAUGGUCUAUCGGCUAACUAGACCCCCUAGUGCGUUAUCCUGUGGUUACGUGCACCAAAUGUAUGGCACAUCCCAGCAAACUAGAGUUGACUUGGACUUCAGGUUAUACUGGUCAUGGUCUCUACUAACCAACCUUCUCUACUGUUUGAGUUGGAAAAGAUCGGUUGGUUCGUGCAGACAUAUGUUUUUUGUGAGCAUUUGGAAAUGUUGUACUUCUUGUCCAAGUAGAGCUUAUAGAAUUCAGCUGCCGGUAGACUGAUAAGUGAUUGGUAAAAUUAGUUUUGGGCACCCCUGCUCCAAGUUCUGUAUGAAGUUAUGACCAACUCAGCUGACAGCACAAGUGUGAUACAAUACUGUAAAUUCGGCCAGGAGCUGUUCUCUCAAGCUUGUAGCAGCGAUAAUCACAUUGGCUUCUGACCCCGUUUACUGUAUGCUAUUAGGUAUGCAGGUGCUGCCACCUGGAAUGGUUAUAUAGUCCCCUUGGAAAGUACAUUCACUUUAAAACUGAUCAGGGGUUGUUGCAACUUGAUGGCAAAUGUACUACUUCAUUACAAAGCGCAUGCUGAGUGCUACCAUCUUUGGAGUAGUGACAGUUCCUAACCAGAUUUACAGUAUUGUUGUCUCGCUAUCUCUGGACUAAGCUAGUAAGAUAGGUCUUUGGACAAUCUCAAUGCUGAACAAUCUUGGAUCGAGCGUGUCCCUUGUAAAAUACUUCAUUCCCAUUGUAGUGAUAGAUUUUCUUUAUCUCAAUAUGCAUACGAGUGUAAUUACUGGGCAAAUAAACAUCAAGAUCUAGUCAAGAAAA